AUGCAGUUCAUUGCCGUUUUCCUUGCUACCCUGGCCGGUGUCGCCUUCGCCUCCUCCACCGAAGAAAAGCGUUCUUGUAUUGCCAACUACGAUGUCGCGUGUCACCCGGGCGGCACCGCUUGCUGCGAUGGCUGGCAAUGUGUUGGUGCCACUCACUGGAACGCCGGUGUUUGUAUCCCCCACUACUAG